GGGUAUUUUCUCUUUUUUCUAGGUCCUUCUUUUCAUGAAAGCCUACACAAUCUUUUUCGUUUCUUUUAUAAAUAAACUAUUAUUCGCUGGAGUUUUGAUGCCUUUAUUCUCUGCUUUUUAAUCGUUCCCAUCAGUUUCAGAAUACCUUCCGUCCUAAUUCCUCUCCUUCUCUCUAACAUACUCUGCUUUUUUCUUCCAAUCAAAUGGCCGCAACACAAACACAAACUGAACCAACACAACUGGAACAACAUCUCAACUACAAGACAACUGUGUUGAAAGUCUCCAUCCACUGCGAAGGCUGCAAGAGGAAAGUACACAAAAUUCUUCAAGCUAUACAUGGUGUUCAUAACAUAAACAUCGAUUUGAGACAACAAAAAGUUGUAGUAACGGGGAACGUAAACAGCGAUAUUUUGAUUAAGAAAUUAAUUAAAACAGGGAAACAUGUUGAGUUAUGGCCAGAACCAACAGAUUCAAAAAAGAACAAGCCAGGAAAAUCAGAGAACAAAGAGAAACAGAACAACGAUACAGAAACUGAAAGCAGUGAAGAAAUUAACCAAAGCAGUGAAAACGACAAUGAAACAGGUAAAGUUAAACUUAUCGUCGACACUUCUCACACAUCCAAAACCGUUAAAAGUACCAACGGAAGCGGUGAGGUUCAUGUUAUUAACGGUAACAAACUCAGCGAAGGAUGCGCCACCGGAAAAACCGGUGAAGUACAUGUUCAAGAAGUAAAGCCAGAGGUGAGGAGACAAACAGUUGUAUUACCGGCUGGACCGGUUACCCAGAAAAAGGUUAGCGUCGCAGUUCAAUUUCCAAAUGAUGAUAAUGAAGAAUCUUCAGCAAAUGAGAAAACCGUCGGUGGAGGAAAAAAGAAGAAAAAGAAAGGGAAAGGGAAAGUUAAUAACAACAACGCUAACGAGGGUGCUGUUGAACAAUGUGGUGAUGAUCCGGGUACCGGUGGUUCAGGUAACCGGUCACAUGGUCAAGGUCAUGGUAAUUUGAAUUUCCAUGGGAUGGUACAUCCAGGUUCAGUUCCAGUUUCGAGUCCAGCUAAUGAGAAUCCGCCACGUCAUUACACAAACAAUCAAUUAUAUCCACCGCAUUAUUAUGCUCCUCCUCCUGCUGUUGCACCCGUUUGUACCGUGAGCUAUCACACAGCGUAUCCUAGCAGUAGUAGCUACGGUGCAGCGUAUUACGCGCCUCCUCAAGCGUAUCAAUACGCGCAUGUGAUGAAUUCGGGAACCGAAAUGGAGCCUAGGCCGUAUACGUACGAAUCGGAGUCUUAUACAUCAUCACAAGCGUCGGAUGAAUUUGUGUAUUUUAGUGAUGAAAAUCCUAAUGCGUGUUCUGUCAUGUGAAUGGUGAAAGGUAAUGUAACCAUUCGGUUGGAGUUGUUUUUGAACAUUACACAUACAACUUGUAUGAGCUUGGGAGAAAUUCAGCAAAGGGUUCAAAAGAAAGAAAAUAGGAGUACUGCUUUGAUGCUUUGAACGGAUGGAAAGUUGGUAGAAUAAUCCAGCUUUGAUUCAGUGGUUGUCCUUGCCUCUUCGUGAUAUGGUAUCAUACUAGCUAGGACAAUAUACUGAAUUUUUAAAUUAAAAUUAUUGGACUUUGCUAAUGUGGUUUAAAAUAUUUUUUUACAGAUAUGAUUUUUUCCAUAUUAUUUUUAUGCUUAUAGUUACAACUUUGCUAAUGUGCUUAAAUUAA